AUGACAGAUCGCGGGGACACCCGCCCUCACAAAGGAACAUCGAUGUUCACCACCUCUGUCGGAGUCUUCGUCUUCGGACUCCUUGCCACCAUCGCCGGCGGUGCUGUCGGAGCUGCCAUCGGCGGCAACUACGCCUUCGUCCUCACCGGCUUCUGUGUGCUGGCCUCCUGGGGAGUGUUUGCCGCAACCGGAAACACCUUCGGCUUGGACUAUCUGGCCUUUGGUCCCUUCAUGGGCCCGCACAUCGCGUUUGCUGGUGGCGUUGCGGCCGCCAUCUAUGCUCGGUACCGAGGGCAUCUGGGUGACGGCAAAGACGUCAACACCCCGCUUGCCGGCAUCGGUCACCCCGACAUCCUCUGCGUCGGUGCCGCCUUCGGCAUUUUCGGCUACUUGUGCCAGAUCGGCAUCUCAAACAUUCCGUGGUUCGGCAAGCACACCGACCCAGUCGCCCUGACGGUGCUGCUGUCCGGGACUGUUGGCCCGUCUCAUCUUUGGUGGAAGCUUUUCCACGAGAACGCCACCAGUUUCCCGGCCAAGAUCAAACCGGGCCCCAACGGACGGUGGUUGGAAUGGCAGGAAAAACCCAGUCAGCUCCUUACCAUCGGUUCACUGUUCGGCAUCUUCGCCGGUGGCGCUUCUCUUUUCCUGGCCGCCAACGUUGGCGCCUACCUGACCACACGGGGACUCGCCAACAAUCUGGCUGCUGCCAACGCCAACAGCUUUUGCUUCGGCAUUUCAGCUGUCAUUAUCCUGUUCCUCAUCACUAAUCGGAACAUGCCGGUCCAGCAUCACGUGACGAACAUCGCCGGCUUGGCUGCGGUGCAGUUCUUCCCGCUGCUUAUGGGCAAGACCCUCACCACUUACCACUGGACGUACACGUCCUCGUGGGAUUCCCACACGUGGGGUAUGGCCACGGUUGCCCUGGUCAUUGCCGCAUUCUUCGGUGUCUUCACCGCUGGCCUCGGCGAGUUCUGUGCCCGCCUUUGGUACAACCGCGGCACCAGCCAUAUCGAUCCGCCCGCCGCUGCCAUCUGGCUCGGUAACACCGUGGUCGUCUCGCUCGCCACCCUGUUCUCGUGA